AUGAACGUGCCCCUCAUCUGCGACUACGGCUCGGGCUUCAGCAAGGUGGGCUUCGCGGGGACAGAGGCACCCCUGGCCGUGUUCCCAACCACCCUCGGGAAACUCCGCCACGAGAAGCUGUUGGUGGGAAUGGAAGAGGAAGACUGGUUCAUUGGAAACGAGGUUCUGAAAAACCGAGGGAAACUCAACCUCUUAUACCCCAUCUCUCGAGCUGCCAUCACCAACUGGGACGACAUGGAGAAGAUCUGGCAUCACUCCUUCUACCAGGUGCUCCACGUGGCCCCAGAGCAGCACCCUCUGCUGAUGGCAGAGCCGCCCUUGAACUCCAUGUCCAGUAAAGAGAGACUGUCACAGAUCCUGUUCGAGACCUUCAGUGUGCCUGCCUUAUAUUUAGCCAACCAAGGAGUCCUUUCUCUCUAUGCUUCUGGACACACCGCUGGAAUGACAAUUGAAUCCGGAGAAGGAAUGACAUACUUUGUGCCCAUCGUUGACGGCUGUCCUUUGCACCAGUCAACCUUCCACAUGGACAUUGCAGGCCAAGACCUAACCUUGUACUUCCUACAUCUGCUGUCAGAAAGUGGGCACUCAUUUUGCAUUGAUGAUGGCAAUAAGGAUGAUGGUGAAGAUGAGGAUAUGAUGGUGAUGAAGGUGGUGAUGCGGGUGUAA